CUCUCAACUGACGGACUGGGGUUUUUCUUCUUCCUUUCAACUGGGAAGCUUCGCACUUGUGGUUCGCAUUCUCGUGUCGUGAUCACUCAACUCUGAAGCACUCUUGAGUCUUCCCUGUAAAAUUGUAUCGUUCCUCCUCUGGUGGUGGAAACAAAGGAGGGAGAGAGCUUUGUGUUCCGAAAAAAAUGGAAUUACAAUCGGCAAGUUCAAACCUCCAAAAUUCUUAGUUGAACUAAAUCCCUAAAAGCAAAGCUAUCAAUGUCACAGAGUGACUCGCCAUUCUCUUCCACGCGCACACUCUUGCAUAGCUCCGACAGUCUCAGGGUGAAGCUUCGAAUUUCUCCAUCGCCGUUUUUGCAUCCCACUCCAAAUGAUUGUCGUAUUCAUUAGUAGGCGCAGACAAUGGUAACGCCUGCCGGGAAGGGUUCCUUUGAUAUGCCUUCUCUCAAGUGAAAGAAUUUUGACUUUUCUCUGUGAAUGUAUUGAACCAGAAUCGCCACCCAAGCACAGGCUACUAGGCUAGUUGUCUAGAUUCUCUGCACAUGCCGUUUGUGAACCCAUAACCUGAUAGGGCAAAUUUAAAACUCAUGGAGUUAUCUACCGUGGUUAUUCAAUCAUGUUGCUCAAUCCCUUCAAGGUUUCCAACGAUCAAAGUUUAUGGAGAUAUUUCUUAUUCCCUCGCUGCAUCAAUAAGCAAUACAGUUCGAGUUGCUUCUUUGGAUUUUAGCACCAAAGAUCUGGCAAAACCUAGGAGCACUUGCUUGUCGAUUGUCCAAGCUCAUGAUGCUGCAAGUGAAUGCAUUGAAGCAUCAGAUGCUGCAGAAUCUGAAUUUCAGGAUAUUAUCAAUUAUCCUUUUCAUGAUGCUUCCAGGAAGAUGGAAAAUCUGGCUGAAAAAAAUCAAUGCUUAAAUCCAAGUUUGGUUGCUCGAUGGCUUCGGUUGUGUGUUAACAUGGAAGAAGUUGGGAGGGUUCACACAGUCUUGUUAAAAUGUUUAACAGAAUCUGUUACUUAUGUUGAUAACAAUUUAAUGUGUUCCUAUUUGAGAUUGGGGAAGUUAGCUCUGGCUCGCAAAGUAUUCGAUGGAAUGUCCAGAAGAAAUACAGUUACCUGGACUGCUAUAAUUAAUGGGUAUUUGAAUCAUAACAUGGAUGAUGAAGCUUUGGAGUUGUUUCGUGAAUCAAUCAAUCAUGGGGUUCAAGCAAACAAUAAGAUGUUUGUCUGCCUCAUGAAUUUGUGUGGUAAGAAACUAGAUUUACAGCUGGGUAAACAAAUACAUGCUAGUAUUUUGAAAGGCAAAUGGAAGAACUUAAUUGUUGAUAAUUCAGUUAUUCAUUUUUAUGCAAAAUGUGGUGACAUGUCAAGUGCAUUUCUUAUUUUUGACCGGAUGGUGGAACGCGAUGUGGUGUGUUGGACAACUAUGAUCACUGCUUGUUCCCAGCAAGGGUUAGGGCAUGAAGCCUUUUCAGUAUUAUCGCAAAUGCUAGGCAAUGGGUUCAUUCCUAAUGAAUAUACUGUAUGUAGUGCACUGAAGGCUUGUGGAGAUAAAAAAGCAUUAAAAAUGGGGAGACAACUACAUUGUGCUUCAGUGAAGAAAAUUUGUAAGAAUGAUGUAUUCAUAGGGACUUCCUUAGUUGAUAUGUAUGCAAAAUGUGGGGAAAUUGUAGAUUCUAAGCAAGUUUUUGAUAGAAUGAGGAUCAGAAAUACAGCUACUUGGACAUCCAUUAUAUCAGGAUGUGCUCGAAAUGGAUUUGGUGAAGAGGCCAUAAGUUUAUUUCGGUCAAUGAAGAGGCGAAGAAUAUAUAUUAACAAAAUGACUAUUGUUAGUGUCUUGGUGGCCUGUGGCUCAAUCAAGAAUUUGCUAAUUGGAAGAGAAGUUCACGGACAGAUAAUCAGGAGUAAUAUCCACUCUAAUAUGUACAUAGGGAGUACUUUGGUAUGGCUCUACUCUAAAUGUAAAGAAUACUCUCAGGCAAUUCAGGUGCUCCAACAUAUGCCUUUCAGAGAUGUUGUCUCGUGGACCGCCAUUAUUUCUGGAUGUGCUCGGUUAGGGCAUGAGUCCGAGGCCCUUGAGUUCCUAAAGGAAAUGAUGAAGGAAGGUGUGUCGCCUAAUUCCUUUACUCAUUCAUCAGCUCUGAAAGCAUGUGCAAAGUUAGAAGCUCUAAAUCAAGGAAAAUUGAUUCACUCUUACGCAAGCAAGACCCCUGCCAUGCGCAAUGUAUUUGUCAGCAGUGCUUUAAUCUAUAUGUAUGCAAAAUGUGGAUACAUUUCGGAGGCUUUUCAAAUUUUUGAUAGCAUGCCAGAAAGAAAUUUGGUUUCUUGGAAAGCCAUGAUCAUGGGCUAUGCAAGGAAUGGACUCUGUAGAGAGGCUUUGAAGCUCAUGUAUAGAAUGCAAGCAGAAGGUUUUGAGGUGGAUGAUUAUAUCCUUGCGACAGUUCUUACCACCUGUGGAGACAUAGAGUGCGAUAUAGAGCCUUUAUCUUCUCAUUAUCUGCAUUCUUAAACAGGAGCUUUAAUAUACUUGAAUUGAACUCUAUGAAUCAAGUGGAUUCAUAUCAGAUGUAUAGCACCCAACAUAUUACGUGUAUUGAGGGAUGAAGAGGAUCCGACGAUGUUCAAACGACAAGCUAUAUAAGAUGUUAGAAACAGCCUCCAUUUGCCUCACCCUCCUCUAAAAAAAAAAAAAAAACUAUGAGAUCAUAAAGGGGAAAAAAUAAUUUCUUUAGUUCAUAAUUGAUAAUGCAAAGUAUAAUGGCGUCAUGGAAUUUAUAUAGCAGACAACAUCUAGUGGAAUAAGGUGUGUGGUUGCUAUUGUUAUAAUUGAUGAUGCAGGUGAUUGGUUAUGAAGGAAUUCAACGAUCUUAUGUUGCUGCGUCAUAUUAAAGUGUACACUAGGCAAUACUCUUGACUGGAUUUGUUGUGCAAGAAUCAAGAAGCUGAAAUACUUUAUUUUGGAUGAGCAACAUAUUUUGGUUGAACCAGAUAGUGCAUGGUUUCUCAGUUGCAAGCUGUAUACAUUCCAAGAUAUGCCAUCAUUCUCCAAGAACGAAUUAAUGUAUAUUUUAAUUUCGUCUUUUCCCUUGCUCUAUUAUACAUCCCUCCCUCCCUCUCUAUAUGUACAGCAGACCUGGUUUAUCUUAUAUUACCAUAUGAAAAGUCAAUCUUGUACAUUUUUGAUAUUA